AUGAAUACUAUGGUGGCGUUCGAUCAACAAGAAGCCGAAGCCAUUCUCGACAAUCUCUGUCACUUGUAUAAGGCCGAACUCAAAAAAGCAAGUGGUUUGAAGGCAGGAAAGGAGAAGAAUCGUAACACACAGCCGCGUUUUAGUUUUAUUCCCAUGCGAAAAGAUUUCGGACCAAUACCUCACACAACCAUUCCUUCUUUAUACUUGGCGUUAUUUGAUUGCGUACCAAAAUAUUUAUCUGCCCAUGGUGAUGAAUUAUUUGAAAACGGUAGCGGUGCAAAAGUGCCGUUUAGUAUAGAAGAGUUGUUAAUGAAUGUCAUCAUCCCUUAUCAGUUGCCGCAUUCAGUGAAGGCUCCAUGUUCCCAAUCUGGUGAAGCGUCAUCGACCAACAAGAAGAAUUCUAAAGCAGUUCAUUAUAUCCAAACUCCUGCACGUGUCCGACUGGAAAUUGAACACUCAAUCCAGCUUAUACGUCAUUUUCUUCCAAUUAAGCUCCCUUUGGAAACAAAGGUAUGGAAACAGAUCCGAUACAUUCUCGUCCCUUCUAACAACAAAGAAAAGCUUCGACUUCUGGUACCAGAGAUUACCGCGGCGUACACGAGGGGUACGAUU